AUGAUCGUUGGAGAGAACCAGUAUGUCAUCUCAAAAUCAGAAUCGAUUCCGUACUGGAAAGGCGGAGAACGGGCAACUGAUACAUUUGACAGCUUUGAUCAAAUGCUUCCUGCGGUUACUUACUUACUAUCAAAUUUCAGCAAUAAAUGUGUUGUUAGAAAUUACCCCAAGAUUUUCAGUUCUCCGAGUAAAAACUCCACUAUUAAAAACAUAGAAAUUCCUCCACGAUCAGAAUACAAUUAUACAAGGUUGGUGAUUAGUAUUACUGGAGAGAUACAGUUUCUGACAUGGAUUGAUUACACAAAGCAGUGGAAUUUGUAUUGGUCGGCGCCAAGAGAUAACUGCAGUGUGUUUAAUGCUUGCGGCAACUUUGGCAGCUGCAAUGAUAAUAAUAUGCCGUUUCUGUGCAAAUGUUUGCCAGGUUUCAAACCCCAGUAUCUACAGCAGUGGAAUUCUGGAGACUUUUCAGGUGGAUGCACAAGAAAGUCCCUAUUACGUGGCGACAACAAGAAUGAUACCUUCUUGAGCUUGAAGAAGAUGAAAGUGGGAAACCCAGAUUCAGAAAUCAACGUUGACAAUGAAACAGAAUGCAGGAACGUGUGCUUAAAUAGCUGCCGGUGCAUGGCUUAUUCACAUACUAUAUCUGAAACCAAUAGUCAUCGAAUGGAGGCGCAUGCGCCUACUUCAUUGUGCAGAAUAUGGAACGUGGGAGAUCUAAAUAAUCUUGAAGAAGAGUACACCAAUACGGGCCAAGACCUCUAUGUUCGUGUUGCGUUGUCUGAUUUAGAAUCAACUGUGAGAGACUGUAAGCCUUGCGGCACAACCAUCAUCCCUUAUCCCCUGAGCACAAGACUGGGUUGCGGUGACCCUUUGUACUUCCGUUUCAAGUGCAACUACUUCACAGGUCAGGUUAGCUUUGUGGGACUGAAUGACGCCUUGUUUAGAGUUAUUAGCAUAAACUCAAGUACCCGGAGAUUUUUCAUCCAAGGCUUCCAUACCGAAAAUGUAGCUCAUGUCAGAUCUGCAGAGUUGUUCAUAGUUGAAGAGAAUAAAUCUCUUCUAUUCCUUGUAUUAGAUCAAAUAAGACGAAGACAAUUUCAUAGUGAAAGGAGAGUCAAGGAGUUGAUAGACACAAGCGAGUUCAAGGAAGAGGAAGGUAUAGAUGUACCAUUUUUUGAUCUGCAAACUAUACUAGACGCUACAGAUAAUUUCUCAAAUGCAAACAAGCUUGGACAAGGGGGAUACGGGCCUGUUUACAAGGAUCGUCAUCCUCGUGCUCACGGUUCGCUUCUCAACGACAGCCUCGGAGUGAGGUGGUGCAAAUGGCAGAGCAUCGGAGGUGGAGAUACUCACUCGCCGGCCGCCACAGCGAUUUCCUAA